AUCCCACUUCUGACUCCACCCUCUAUCUCGUUUCACCCAAUCGCAAUGAUGUUCCCCCCACCUUUUGAUAGCGUCGAGGCAUCCCGGCGACGAGCGUCGCUUGGCGUCCGCGUCCGUUCGAGCCCUUCAGUCGGCGUGCAAUUGCGGAAGGGCAAUGCCGAUGCUGGCGGGCCCUCGAGGCACCCCCAUGGACCACGCGCCCUUCAACCAUCAUCGACCACUGCAUAGGCAAGAUGUUUCGUGCUUCGAUACCAGUGCUGCGGCCGUCGCAUUUUUUGGGUUGCAUCAGCAUUUUCUCAGCCGAUACACUGAGCCUUUGGAGUUGACCUCGAGCUCAGUCUUACCAUGCCCACUGGACCUGAGUUUGAAGAGUAGCCGUGACACGCAGCAGACGCCCGCUGCUCCCAUAACUCCACCAUGUACGCCCAGUCCAGGAAAGAGAUCUCCAGUGAGCAUUCACAGAAGGAGAACGCCCACUCCUGAGCCACCUCCUAAGAAACACAAGGCUCAGGUGACAGCGACAACGCCUGGAAAGAGGACCAAAGCCACCAGGAAGUUGAAUUUUGAUGAAGAUAAUAGCUCACCGGUUUCUGGCACUAUAAUAAGGGAGUUGGGACCCGACGAGCAUCUAGUGGUAAGAAAAGGAGAUAUCGAUCCCGCUUUCAAUGUAGUCGAAAUCACCGAAGAAGCCAAAGCGGAGCUGGCCAAGAUUGAAAAUCUCAUCGGGGAUUAUGUUUGUAGGUUAUGCAAAGAACUGUACGAGGAUGCUUUCGGGCUAGCGCAGCAUCGCUGUUCUCGCAUAGUCCAUGUAGAAUACAGAUGUCCAGAGUGUGAUAAAGUGUUCAACUGUCCCGCCAAUCUAGCUUCACACCGUCGCUGGCACAGGCCUCGGCCACCUAAGGACCCAAGCGGGGGCGGCGGAGGAGGGUGCAAGCAGGAGCAGCCUGACAUUACGGGGAGUGGAGACACUGAUGGUGCAGAUGAGCAACAUCCCUGCCUAGAAUGUGGAAAACGCUUCCGACGACUAGCCUACCUCCGCAAACAUCAAGCGGUGCACCGCGAUUCCAACAGCAACGCCAUAUCUGGCCUCACGUCAGUCUCCACGCUAACGGCAGGCGACUGACCUCGGCUCGUACCGGUGGUGAGGCCCAUUCCCUGCCUGCCUCCCCGCCUAUGGAGACCUCCACCAUUGCCCCAGCCCCCGGCACAACAUGACGCCACUGUCUUUGCGGCAGCGGCGGCGGCUGCUGCAUCAGUCAUGCCUUGGAUUGGACAUCUCUAGGAGUUUGAUGAAUAGUGUCAUGGGUAUACCUACAUAAUGUGAGGAUAGAUUUUUGUGCAUCCCAUAUUUCGAUGGCUUUAGGACGCUUGGUUUUUUAAAGGUCACCUGAGCACGAUCAUAGUGAUAUACCGGAUGAAUUCGAGCGUUUUGUCUACCGUGCUUACGCAUAGGUUUGGGUUAUCUUUUGAAGCACCAAGCAUGUUAAGAUAAAACAUCAGUAACUACUCUGACCAAUAAACAAAUAAUAUUUUGUCAUUUUUGUGACAAAAUCAACAAAAUAGACAGAUAUAUGCAUCUAGACACCAGUCACAUUAUAUUUUCUAAUUAACUUGGAAAAGCUUACAUUUCUCAAAUAAUUUAUCCUCUACAAGUGAAACUGCUUGGACUUGAUUCAUGUCAAAAUCAAAUAAAUUCUAUUCAAGAUAUUGAAA